GCUUGCAAAGUACAUUUAUAAAGAGUGCCUCUGAGCAUGUACUGCACAGUAAAUUUCCCUCAGUACUGCGUGACCACAAACCACCCUUCAGAGUUUGGCAGGGAUUAUCGAAAUUGGGUCCCCAGAUGUUGAUGGACUACAACUCCCAUCAAUCCCAUCCUUUGACCACUGAGGCAGGGAUUGAUGGGUGCUGUAAUCCUACAUCAUCUGGGAGCCCAAGUUUGAGGAUCCCUGGACUAGGGAUUGGGGAAAUGGGCCUCAAAACCUCUCUUGAGAGUUAUAACAUUCUCAUAUGACUGCUUUUGUGUUCAUAUUUUAAUUAUAUAUUCCUCAUUUUAAAUAAUUGUUAUCUUGCCCUUCAUAGCGUAGUGGUUAGAGUGUUGGACUAGGACCGGGAAGACCCAAGUUUGAAUCUCCAUUCAACCAUGAAACUCACAGGGUGACUCUGGGCCAGUCAUGUAUCUCUCAGCCGCGCCUACCUCACAGGGUUAUUGUGAGGAUAAAAAUAAGCAUGUACAACACUCUGAGCUCCUUGGAAGAAGAGAGGGAUAUAAAUGUAAAUGUUUUUAAACCAUAUAAUUUGCAUAAUAUCAGGGUGGAUUUGAUUUAAAUCAAAUCGAUGUAAAUCACUAGUCACUAAGACUAGAUUUAAAUCAUGGCUUUUUACAUAAAGAUUCAUUCUGAUGUGAACAUGGUUCAUCCCUGGGUCUGCCUCUUAGUCAAUCAAACAGACUCAGUGGGCAUAAUUUAGAGGCUUUAUUGCUACUGCAGUUUAGCAAUAGGUAAUCAAUAGGCUUACGCUCUCAAACCGAUUACAGUUUGGUUACAGGUGCAUCUUACAUUUAUACAAACAAUCUGAAUGAUGCUGAUAUAGUAUACGCGACAAUAAAAUGGUGGUCUAAGUAUCUAGUACACAUGCGAAUGAUUCAUUGUUCAUCUGGUGAUUACUCCUUAUUUGGUUAAAUCCUGUUUUCUUAACUGUCAGCGAAAAACAGUGAGAACCUUGUGAGAACCAAGUUUCAUAGAUACGGUUUAGUGGAGAGAGAUAAUGACAUUGAUCAUGAGAGGCAGUGAUGUCCCUGAGCUGGGCUGGGGUUACUUUAAGUUAGAAUGAGGUAUUCUGGGCAAACAUGGAGUUUCUUUGGUUUUCUAAACACAGCAAUUCUACAUAAUUAAAAACUAAUCCAUAUUUCUUGAUGAAUACCUUUGGACUAUAAUGUAUCUUAAAUAGAAAACUAUCUUUAGAUAGAUUCCCCCCCCCUCAAAAAGCAUUUGAUUUAAAAAGUCUGAUUUAAAUUUUAAAAAUCUGAUUUAUUUAUUUAUUUUUAAUCAUUGAUUUUUAUCCACCCUGCAUAAUAUGCAAACUAGACUGCCCAGAUUUCUUAGCUUGCCUUCUCACUCUGUGUAAAACGCUAGUGAGUGAAUGAGUGUGUAUGUGUGUAUACAUGCAUGUGCGCACACACAAAUAAAUAAAGCACACUAGUUUCCCUUCUAUCCUAUGCAAUAACUGCCUAUACAGCUAAUUAGUUGUUGGGUGUAUAAGCUGUAGCUGUCCUGCAUAUAAUUCAUAAUAAAUGGUGACUGGCAUACUGCACAAUGGUGUGUGUGUGUGUGUGUGUGUGUGUGUGUGUGUGUGUGUGUGUGUGUUGCAAUGCAAUGUUUGUGCAGUUGUGGGAAAGUGUUCUUGCGCAAGCACAAAAAUGGCACAAAUACAAGUUGCGCAUCUUGUAUGGCCACUGGAAAAAAUGAAAAAGCGAACUGUUACAGCCAUUAUCCUAUUAAACCUGCUUUGAAAACCAGUGUUGGGCUGGCUUUCAGAGUAUUUACACCAUGCAGGUGGACAGAGAAGAUGUGAUGAACAUAAGGUUGAUAUGAUACGGGGAGUCGAAGAGUGCAAGCUUUGGCUGUGUUCCUUGGGAUGGGCAGCAUCCAGACUAGUACUUGUGUGAACAGAAGAUCUUCUGCUUGUGCAAGGAGAGGAUUUUCACUGAUCCCCCUUUCCUUUUGCAGCUCCCUACAAAUAUGUCCCUUAACCCUCAAGGGCAUGUUUUCAAUUGGCACAGGAGGAGUUCAAGAAAAGUGCAUGCAUCUAAAAUCACACACACAUUACACAAGCAAAACAUCUAACAUUUGUGCAACCUCUAGUCUGGAUACUGCCUGAUGAGAAUAAGGUUGUUAGAUGUACACAACAUAACACAAACAUGUCCAGUUUUUAAAUAUGAAAUUUGAUUUAUUUUUUAAUUUAACAUAUUUUAUACCGCCCAAAACUUACGUCUCUAGGAGAUUUACAACAAGAUAAAAACAUUAAAACAUUAGUUUAAAACAAAAACAAAUUUAAAACACAAUUAACAUUUUUUAAAACAAUAUUCUAAAACAUUAAAAACAAUCAAAACAGGAUCAGUUAAAAGCCUGGGUGAAUAGAUGUGUCUUUAAAGACUUUUAAAAAUUUUUCAGAGAUGGGGAGUCUCUUAUUUCACUAGGGUGCGCAUUCCAAAGCCUUGGGGCAGCAGCGGAGAAGGCCCUAUAAGGCUAUAAAGGCAUUAAACUAACAGUAAAAUUAAGACAUUAUGAAAUAAUUUGGGCCUGGUUAUUAUUUAAAAUAAACAACUCACUGGGUAACAAUCCUUAUUUUGAUGAAUGGUGGCCAGUGUUCAAUAACAUUUCAUUGUCUAGUUUUGGGUUAAUCAGCUGCUAUGCAAAGGUAUAAUUCAUACAGCUAUUAAAUGCUCAUUAAGCUGCAUAGACAUGUUACUUUGUGUCCCUUAGGUAGUGUGUGCAGAAACUGUGUUCGUGGUGUAAAUAUCUUUUGUGCUCUUAUCUUGAGGCUCACAUGAUGCAGGCAAACGAGUUCGACUCAUCUGAUGAGGAACUCAUGGAGGAAGAACAGAUGCCCUUUCAAGUUUCUUGGUGCAGCCCUGAAGGAGAACUGAAGAGCUAUGGAGUGCAGGAUAUCUGUACCAGAGUGGAACUCUCAAAGUACCGUGUUUUCAGCCUCCUAGGAAUAUCAGACCAUGGGUUCACUGUGCACCAUCACCCAAUUCCUGAUGGAGAUGCACCAGACAUUGCCAUAUGCUGCAUGAUUCUGCAACUACAUGAAGUGAAGAACUGCCUGAAAUAUACUUAGAAAACCUUAAUACAGUGAGUUCCAUUGCACUGAUUGUUUUUAAUCCUCCUUCAUACAUGUGGAUAGUCGAAGCAUGCACAUGCAUGCACGCGCGCACACACACGUGCACGCGCACGCAACAGGAUGCUGCAACCUUUAAUUUUUCUGCUGUCACCACAGUUCCCAGAUUUGCCUCUGCCUAGCUGCUGCCACUCCCCACUACAGCAUCCCAGUAUUGCUGGGAGAAAAUAAAAUAAGUACAGAUAUACCUUAUGGAAUCUUCCUGCAUAAAGAAGAUUCAAUAACAAGGCAGUUUGGGGGGAAAUGGAAGUAAAGUGAUAGUAACAUAGGAAGCUGCAUUAUACUUGGCCAUACCCUUGGUCCAUCUAGCUCAGUAUUGUCUACACAGACUGGCAGUAGCUUCUCCAAGGUUGCAGGCAGGAGUCUCUCUCAGCCCUAAAUUGGAGAUGCUGCCAGGGAGGGAACUUGGAACCUUCUGCAUGCAGGCACACAGGUGCUCUUCCCAGAGCAGCUGCAUCCUCUAAGGGGAAUAUCUUACAGAGUUCACACAGGCAUCUGCCAUUCAAAUGCAAUCCAGGACAGAUCCUUCUUAGCAAAGGGGACAAUUCAUGCUUGCUACCACAAGACUAGAAAGGAUGUGAAGGAAGAUGUCUGCUAUUACAAGAUGUAUUCCUGUUGACUGCUGGUGGGUGCUUCAACUUCAAGUAUAUGCUGAUGGGAUCUGAGCUGUUGGUGACUAACCAGGAGAGGGAUCUUGGGGUUGUGGCAGACAGCUCGUUGAAAGUGUCGACUCAAUGUGCAACAGCAGUGAAAAAGGCCAAUUCCAUGCUAGGGAUCAUUAGGAAAGGGAUUGAAAAUAAAACGGCUAAUAUUAUAAUGCCCUUAUACAAAACUAUGGUGCGACCACACUUGGAGUACUGCGUACAAUUCUGGUCACCACAUCUAAAAAAGGACAUUGUAGAACUGGAAAAGGUGCAGAAGAGGGCAACCAAGAUGAUCAGGGGCCUAGAGCACCUUUCUUAUGAGGCAAGAAUACAACACCUGGGGCUUUUUAGUUUAGAAAAAAGACGACUGCGGGGAGACAUGAUAGAGGUCUAUAAAAUCAUGCAUGGUGUGGAGAAAGAAAUUCUUCUCCCUCUCACAUAACACUAGAACCAGGGGUCAUCCCAUGAAAUUUCCAGGAAAUUUAGGACCAACAAAUGGAAGUACUUUUUCACACUUUUUCACGUGAUCCACUUGUGGAACUCUCUGCCACAGGAUGUGGUGACAGCCAACAACCUGGAUGGCUUUAAGAGGGGUUUGGAUAACCUCAUGGAGGAGAGGUCUAUCAACGGCUACUAGUCGGAGGGCUAUAGGCCACCUUCAGCCUCAAAGGCAGGAUGCCUCUGAGUACCAGUUGCAGGGGAGUAACAGCCAGAGAGAGGGCAUGCACAUACCUCUUGCCUGUGGGCUCCCCAGAGGCAUCUGGUGGGCCACUGUGCAAAACAGGAUGCUGGACUAGAUGGGCCUUGGGCCUGAUCUAGCAGGGCUGUUCUUAUGUUCCUAUGCUUGUUUCCAAAAUUGUUCAUUAUACUUGUAGCUUGACCUUCCUCUACAGAACUCAAGAGCAACAUGCAAGUGAUUUCCAGCAGCCUCCCAGCCAGACACUGGGCAAACCAUUGGCUUAGCUUCAGAAAUUAAGCUAAAUCAUGUGUCUUCUGAUCACAGAGAAGCUACUGUUUUAGAACACGUAUUAUGAGAAAUCUAGAGAGCACCUAUUAUUAAUCGUUCUAGGAUAGGACAUUGCUUUCAAGGUGAAGCUCCUGACACUUGGAUCCCCAUCAGUAUAUUAAGGGUUGCCUACCAAAACCAAUCUGGAAACCCGUGGCUAGAGCAACAUAGAAAUGGCUCUGACUUACAACACUGACUGUGAUUGCAAUUCAGUUGUUUAAAAUAUCUUUCAGCUGCUAUGGAGUACUUUGACAAUCCUAUCUCCGUAAUCCAAAAAAAAAAAAAAAAGAAAAAUUCCUACUGCACAUUUUAGUUUGAUUUCACGACUAUUUCCACCCCCUGCAUGAACCAGUCUGAGCAUGAACUAGUGUCCUCUUGAUACAAAAUUUCCUUCAGCAUUACUCAGGGAUGCAUCCUCACAGAAGGCUCCCUUUCACUGCUGGGUAGAAGGAAUUCUCAGUGUUCUCCUGUUCCCUCCUACAGACUCAUUGUUUUUGUGUUUUGAAGAGCACCAGACCCUCUCCUUUCACAACAAUUUACCGAGAGGCUGAAAACUAUGAGGCUCUGGAACAAGAGAACCAGAGAGUUGUGUGCCUAGCUAAGCUCUGCCUCUCUGGGCCAUUUCACACAGCCACCUUCAGCUAGCACAAAGAAGUGAGCCAAAAUUGACUGCACCAUGUGGUGAAAGAAUGACUUUAUCAACAUGUGUCCAAAUCACAAUUUGAUAUGUCUGUGCACACCUCCCCAAAAUUAGCUUAACGAAGGUUGUGGUUAGCUGCAGUUUGGAGAGUUUGAAACAAUCACACAAUUGAUUUCACCUGGUGGACAACUUGGGGUGACAUCACUAUGUUAAAAAAAGGUUCAAAAUGCUUCACCUUUGGAUGACAAGUAGGCUUGUGAGAAGUCAGGGUUUGACCUGUCAGUUCUAACUUGGGCUGGUUUGUCUGUGAAAGGCAGGAGUGGAAGACAGUUGCUGUCUGGGCUGCAGUGUCCAUGUAUAUAUGCUGUGGCACAUAUUAACGUAAGAACAUAAUAGAUUUUGUUUGCUGGACAUUGUGACCAAAUACUAAUUGGAACUCCUUUGUGCAAACUAAUGAACACAGGACUCCCUUGUGGACAGCACAGUAGUCAAUGCACUCUACCAGCUCUUGGAUCCAAUUUAAUAUUCUACUUUGGUUACAAGUCACAUAAAUGAAGAAAUAGUUAUACUUUUCCGCUUGUCUGAGGUCAUCCUUAACCAUGGGUUGCGCACCGAUCAUGCCUCAAGAAAUAGAUUUUCAAAGCAGAACUCAUAUCUGGUAGUUAGGCUGGAGGUGCCAAAAACCCCAGUUCUGAUCCUGUCUCACCUCAGUGAACAGCGCUUUGAGAGAGCUCCGACUCCUUUUGCAGGCUUGCCUUUCUCCCUCCCUAGCCCUCCCUCUUUCCCUAGCCUUCCCUCGUGCCAGGGUGGGGAGUCAUGUUUCUGCAGUUUGGUUCCUAAACAUUUUUUGAGUUUUCCUAUUUGAUCAAUUGGCUCCAUUACCUUUUAAUUGGUUAAUUUUCUUUUCUACCACUUCCAUGGUAGUGUUUUUUCUGCCGCUCUACCAUGGAGCUUUUUCACACCCACGUCAAAGCUUUCUGGCCACCAACUGGGGGAAGGGGAACCCAUUUUGACUGUCAUUCUCCCUCCCCCACCCAUCCCAGCCAGCAACACCGACAACUGAAUCUGCGGAUACACCUGACCUGGGUGACCCGAUCUUUAAUGCAGCUCCACCACCCUCUGUUGAACAGCCACGCUUGCCUCAAGGGGACGUGAGUACCAUCCCUUUGGGAACCCCCAGACCAUGGAAGCUGGUUAAGGGAAUUUAUUCAAAGGAACUUAAAGCUAUGGCAUCUCCUCCCCCCCACCUCCUCCCCUCAUUCCCGUCCCGGCCCUAGCAGCACCUGUCCUGCAGCAACUGAAAUGACUCUCCAAGCUGGUGUUCCUUUCAUCU